CUGAUAUUCGCGAAAGUGUGAGGCUGAGGUCUUCAAUAUUUGGAGAAAUUCAGAAUCGCAGUUUUUCACUUUUGUUCAUUAUGAGAGUUUCUUCUUGCUUUAUUGCACUAGUAUUUUUCGUUGAUGUUCAGACAAUUCUGGGGGUGAAGUACAAAUUUGUUAAUGUGGUAUUUCGACAUGGAGAUCGCGCCCCUUUGAACGACGACGAUGAGCCAUUCCCCACUAGUCCCUAUUUGAACUCGGAUUUUCCUCCCAACGGCCCCGCACAAUUAACGAAUAUAGGAAAAAAGCGUGCGUAUGACCUCGGUGUUUACAUCCGUAAACAAUAUGGCGAAUUGCUUGGAGACAUAUAUCACCCGAGCGUGAUAAUUGCUCGCAGUACAAACGUGGAUAGAACGAAAAUGUCUCUGCUGGCAACAAUGGCGGGAAUUUUCCCGCCCGCGGCGCGACAGCGCUGGCAUCCGAAUUUGAACUGGCAACCAGUUGUCAUCAAUUAUCCACAGAGGGAGGAUGUCCUUUUGCAUCCCUACUAUUGUCCACAAUUCGUGAAGGAACUGAAAAUCGUGGCAGACUCGCCAGAAGUGCAGCAAGAACUCAGCCAAUACCGUGAGAUGAUGAAAAACCUCACGGAGUGGUCCGGAAAGCCGAUUGUGCUGGCAAAACACUGCGACGGCCUUUACAACGGUUUAAUGGCGUUAUAUUCCAUGGGCCUCGAGCUUCCUCACUGGACCUCCGGUGUUUUCCCUCACGGACCACUAUUAAACUGCACAACUCUGAAUUAUCGAGUCUACAGCUGGAACCAAAGGAUGAAAACCUUGAGUGGAGGAAUGCUCCUGAAGAACUUCACCGAGAAUAUGUUGGCGGUUGCCGGAGGAAACUGGACGUCUCAACCGCGAAUGAUUCUGUUGAGUGGACAUGAGAUUAAUUUAACAUCUUUUCUUGAUGCACUCGGGGUUUAUCAACCGCAUGUGCCGGAAUACACGAGCGCCAUUUUUGUUGAAUUACUGGAGGAUGAGACUGAGUAUUACGUUAGUAUUUGGUACUACUUGGGAAUCCCGCCGAUUAGAACGCGCAUAACCGUUCCAGGAUGCGCAAAGUUAUGUCCUCUCGAGAAGUUUGUGGAGUUGUACAGCAACGUUUUGCCGACUCAAAAUGACAUGGUGUGUUAAUCAUUGCAAAGAUUACAAUCCCAUGAAAACAUUUUGAAAUUGUGAGUAAUCUUAAUGUUUUCAAACGUUUUUUCACAUCCUUUAUUCUCUAAUAUAAAUAUUUUUGUAAUAAACGAUUGAAUACAUAAAAUCAGGGUAUAAAUGAU